AUGAAACCAUCACAAGUGUUCCUUCGUCAAAGUGAAACGAAUGUUGAUGUCAUGCGUGGUUUCAUUGACUAUGUGGAUUUUGGCCUAGACGGCAAUCAAUUUCUUCACAAUGUUGGUGUUGCUGCUAGACCAUCGGGUUCUGUGCUGGCUGAACUGCUCCUUGAUCGACAAGCUGCUUAUUUUCGCAAUUCAGAUAAGAAAAUCGAUCAAUCCAGCAAGAUACAAGUUUACACCUCUUGUCUAAAACAGCUUGCAGACGUUGUGUCGAAACUCGCGGCACCUAUUAUGAAGCGACUUGAAACCGAACCUUGGUGUCUUGGCUACUGA